AUGAUCUCGGGCUGGUUUCACAAGAGAAUGAUGAAGCCCAAUAGAAGCAAUCCGGCAGCCAAAAGCUUACCACCAUCACGAUAUUUUGUAAAACCUAUGGAUUCGCCCAAAUUGAAUGGACAGCUUUGCUCAAAUUGUGCCGAUUCUGCGGCCUCCGACUGUUCUGGCUACUUCGCACGUCGCCCAACAAUUCUAUGA